AUGGCUUCAAUAGCAAAAAAAUUCAUUCCAUUAAUGGAUCGUAUCUUAAUAAGUAAAAUAGUGCCCAAAACCACCACAAAAUCUGGAUUAUUUUUACCAGAAAGUGCAACCGAACCUUCAUACACAGGAAAAGUAUUGGCAGUUGGACCUGGACGCAUAACAAGCACUGGAAAUAAAAUUCCACCUAGUGUAAAAGAAGGUGAUGUUGUUGUUUUACCAGAAUAUGGAGGAUCCUCAUUAAAAAUUGAUGGCGAAGAAUUUUUUGUCUAUAGAGAUGAUGAUAUAAUAGGCAUUAUUAAAGACCAAUGA